CAGCUCAGCCCCAGCCACUGGACCUCAGGCUUUGGACACAGUGUGAAGCAGACCCACGGAGACGGACUUGGAGUGCAGAGACAUGGAAGGGCCAGCGGGGUACCUGCGGCGAGCCAGUGUGGCCCAGCUAACCCAGGAGCUGGGCACCGCCUUCUUCCAGCAGCAGCAGCUACCAGCUGCCAUGGCUGACACCUUCCUGGAACAUCUCUGCCUGCUGGACAUUGACUCAGAGCCAGUGGCUGCUCGAAGCACCAGCAUCAUCGCCACCAUUGGGCCGGCAUCUCGCUCCGUGGAGCGCCUCAAGGAGAUGAUCAAGGCCGGGAUGGACAUCGCACGACUCAACUUCUCCCACGGCUCCCACGAGUACCACGCCGAGUCUAUUGCCAACAUCCGGGAGGCAGCGGAGAGCUUCGCGACCUCCCCGCUGCGCUACCGGCCGGUGGGCAUAGCUCUGGACACCAAAGGCCCUGAGAUCCGCACAGGAAUCCUGCAGGGGGGCCCCGAGGCAGAAGUGGAGAUUGUUAAGGGAACCCAGGUGCUGGUGACUGUGGACCCGGCCUUCCGGACUCGGGGAGACGCGAACACUGUGUGGGUGGACUACUGCAACAUCGCCCGGGUCGUGCCCGUGGGGGGCCACAUCUACGUUGACGACGGACUCAUCUCCCUUGUAGUCCGCAAAAUAGGCCCAGAAGGACUGCUGACUGAAGUGGAAAGUGGAGGCAUUCUGGGCAGCAGGAAGGGCGUGAACUUGCCAGGUGCCGAGGUGGACCUGCCUAGCCUGUCUGAGCAAGACCUGAAGGACCUGCGCUUCGGAGUGGAGCAUGGAGUAGACAUCGUCUUCGCCUCCUUUGUGCGGAAAGCCAGCGAUGUGAUUGCUGUACGGGAUGCCUUGGGGUCAGCAGGACAGGGCAUUAAAAUUAUCAGCAAAAUCGAGAAUCAUGAAGGCGUGAAGAAGUUUGAUGAAAUCCUGGAGGUGAGCGACGGCAUCAUGGUGGCACGAGGGGAUCUGGGCAUCGAGAUCCCCCCUGAGAAGGUUUUCCUGGCUCAGAAGAUGAUGAUUGGGCGCUGCAACUUGGCGGGCAAGCCCGUGGUCUGUGCUACACAGAUGCUGGAGAGCAUGAUCACUAAGCCCCGGCCGACACGGGCAGAGACCAGUGACGUGGCCAAUGCUGUGCUGGAUGGGGCCGACUGCAUCAUGUUGUCAGGGGAAACUGCCAAGGGCAACUUCCCUGUGGAGGCUGUGAAGAUGCAGCAUGCGAUUGCCCGGGAGGCAGAGGCCGCAGUGUACCACCGGCAACUGUUUGAGGAGUUACGCCGGGCAGCACCCCUGAGCCGUGACCCCACGGAGGUCACUGCCAUCGGUGCUGUGGAGGCUGCCUUCAAGUGCUGUGCUGCUGCCAUCAUCGUGCUGACCAAAAGUGGCCGCUCAGCCCAGCUUCUGUCUCGGUACCGACCUCGGGCAGCAGUCAUUGCAGUCACCCGUUCUGCUCAGGCUGCACGCCAGAUCCACCUAUGCCGAGGAGUCUUCCCCUUGCUCUACCGGGAACCUCCAGAGGCCAUCUGGGCAGAUGAUGUGGAUCGCCGGGUCCAAUUUGGUAUCGAAAGUGGAAAGCUGCGUGGCUUCCUCCGUGUUGGGGAUCUGGUGAUUGUGGUGACAGGCUGGCGACCUGGCUCUGGCUAUACCAACAUCAUGCGGGUCCUGAGCAUCUCCUGAGAGUCCCUCUUCCUGCGACCCAGCCCCUGUCUGUGCCUCCCCACUUGGCUCCCUCAGACACAUGCCCCUCCUCUGUCUCUGUACUCCCAUGCUCCCUAGCUGAGGCCACAUCUGCCAUCUAGCUCCAUUCUAGGGCACCCCUCCUCCUCUCUUCUUCUCAUAGCCCCUGAAAGUCUGCGUCCAAUUAUGCUCCAGCUGCCUGGCAGCACCGAUCCCACAUUUUCUGUAUCCAAUCCCUAACAUGUCUUGAUCCUUUAAUCUCAGCUUGGCUCGUUAAUUCCCUUCCUCCAUGGUUCCCCUCUCUG